UCAGUUGUGAAGGAAGUUUAAGAAAAAAGGAAAAAAGUGAAAAAAAAUAAAAAUGGUGAAAGGCCAACAAAGUUUGUGCCUCAUUCUGGUUUUGCUUUUAGCAGCAAAUGCUUAUGGAUAUCAUUCUUAUAAAGAUGCACUUCGUGCCAAAUUCGACGACGAAGACUUCAUGGAAAUGUUUUCUGAUGACGGGAUUAGCGAUCGUGUUUAUUUUUACAGAACUCCAAUGUCAGCUUAUGCCGAUCUCGCAGAACCGUUUGGCAAGAGAACCGUGAAUAAGUUCAAAAAUUUGAUGAUUAACAAGGACAUGAUGGAAGGCGAAGGAGGAGUUGUAGAUGUUCAAAAAGAAAUGAGUCGAUCUUAUUUUCCGCGAACAACACCGAAGAGGGGAGCGAUUUUGAGUUGGGCUCUUCCAGCAGCGAAUCGAUUUCGCGAGAUGAACAUCAACUACAGACCAACGACAUCAAAUCGACCUGCUGCUUAAAAAAAUCAAAAAGCUUCAACGCUAAAAGCUGAUUUCACUUUAAAAUAUGGGUUUCUUGUAAAUAAUCUAUAAAAGCAGAGUGAAUC